AUGCUGCUCAAACAGGUUUCCUUCCAAAACAGGGGCUCUCAUUUCUGUGGAGGAUCCAUCUUGAGUGACUGCUGGAUAAUGACUGCUGCACACUGCUUCACAUCUUUGUCAAAAGAGUUUCUCAGUGGUGUGAGAGUCCUUGUUGGAGAGUUUGACCAGAGAGUACACGAUGAGGAGGAGCAAGUCUUUCUGGUCAAGUCUGUCUCAGUCCAUGAAAAGUACAACCCUGCUCUGCCGAUGAACUAUGACAUAGCUCUCAUAGAGCUGAACCAACGCAUCCAGAUGGGAGCUCGUGUCCAGCCGAUAUGUCUGCCUUUACCUAAUGACAAUAUCCUUCCUCAGACCACUUGCAUGACGGCUGGAUGGGGGAGGAUAAAGGAACGGGGUCGUCUUCCUAUGGUUCUGAGAGAGGUGCAUUUGGAUUUGGUUGACCGAGCCAAAUGUAAAUAUGUCCUCCAAACUCUUAAAGGUUCUAUGAUGAACCAGAGACUCGUCCGGCCUCAGCCGAGCAUGACAGUUCUGUGUGCCGGCCCAGAGACAGGAGGGAGAGAUGCCUGUCAGGGAGACUCAGGAGGUCCUUUGGUGUGUCCAGCAGGGUCAGAAGGUCAUCGCUGGGUGGCGCUGGGCGUGACUUCCUGGGGUAAAGGAUGUGGUAGGAGCUGGGGAAACAACAGCAGCCGCCCCCCUUCCAAACGAGGUUCUCCGGGGAUUUUCACUGACGUCAGGCUGCUGCUGCCUUGGAUCAAGCGUAAAUUGAGAGAGGCUGAGCACCAGCAGCAGACAACGGUUUCAUCAAGACUCUGCAGUGUGAGAGAUGGGCCUGUGUCUGACAUUAACGGGGUAAUCAAAAAUCCCAGGCUCCAUGGCGAUCGCUACGACAACAACCAGUUGUGUUUGUGGAGCAUCAGCGUUCCUCCAGGUUAUAGUAUUCUGCUGGAGUUCGAUCUUUUUGACUUGGAGAACGACUCGUACUGUCGGUACGAUCGACUCACUGUUUCAGUAGGAAGCCAUCGGCCUGUUGGGAUAUUCUGUGGAAGUGUGCUGCCCGGCCCAGUUCUUCUAAAUAAUUCCCACAAUGCCACACUUCUCUUUUCCUCUGAUAUUAGCAGAGCAGGAAGUGGCUUUGUAAUUAGGCACCAUGCGGUCAAAGGACACUCUCAUCCUGGAUGUGGAACACUUGUUCUGGUUGAAGAUAAGGCUUCUAUACACAGUCCAAAUCACCCACAAGCCUACAGUAAUGACUGUGUCCUCCGCUGGGUAAUCCAUGCUCCUCUGGGUCAUGUGGUUAAGCUGGAGUUUACUGAUUUUGACCUGGAGGAGUCGGAGAGAUGCUUGUAUGAUUCCCUCACUGUCCUGGGAGAUGUUGAAGGAACAGAGGAGAUUGCCUUGCUGUGUGGCGGCAGUAUCCCUCCUCCUGUCCUUUCCUACCACAGCACCAUGGUGCUUCAGUUUACGUCGGACAGCAGCAUCACUAAUAGGGGUUUCAGGGCUACACUGACAUUCAUCAGCAUUACAGAACCAGUUGUGCAGCAGUACAGAACCAGAGCUCUGCCUCACCGGGCCGAUGUGGACCAUGACGCCUCAGUGGAUGUUACCUUAAAUGUGGACCGGAGUGUAGAUGAAGAUUACAGCAGUGAAUCAUCAGAGCUGGCACAGUAACCUGAAUGCUUGAUCUCCAGUUUUCAACAUAAUGAUAGUUCAAGAACCACACUGGUAGUUUAGUCAUUUUGUUACAGAAACCUCAGGAUAUUCCUCGCACCAUUUUG